AUGGCAGAUGAUGUAGAAAGCAAUGGCGAUGAUGGUAUUUCAGCUCCUAAGAAGCCAGCGGUCGGCAUGAGGUUCGAUAACAUUGAAGCAGCAAAACAGCACUAUGUGGACUACGCGAGAUGGAACGGGUUUGGCGUAAGGAUUGAUUACCAGAGGCCUAUAAAAAGCGGUGAAACAAGCAGAGCUCAGUUUGUGUGCUACAAAGCUGGCAAAAACAAAAAGGGAAAAGAGGACACGCAACUUCCUGAAUCGGUUGUUCCAAAGAGGAAGAGAAACAUCACAGAAAGGACUGGUUGCCAAGCAAGAAUGAAGGUGAAGCUUGACGGUGCAACAUAUAUCGUGGAGCAUUUUGAGGAAGAACAUAACCACCAUGUGCUAAAAAAAAUUCAAUCUCGCCAGGAAAGGAUACUUGGGGCAGAAAGGCAAGCUGAGGCUGAGACGGCGCUGACCGUGCCGAGGAAGUGCGGGUUCAGCCUGAUUGAGGAGCAGGCAGGAUCAGCUAGGGGCUUCAUCAAUCGCAUGCAGACAUCUAUGCUGCACGAGGCCAACCGGAUACGUGCAUCUCGAUCGAUCGGAUUUCAAGAAGAACUGCAGAUGACCUCCUCAUACCACAGCAUGCGCACUGGGGUGAACACAUAUGAGACAAUGUCGAUGACCGGCAAUUCUGGGCAGUACGGCAGCAGAACAUAUAAAUUGGCGGUUGACAUGGAGGCGGAUAUGUACUCUUGUGAAUGCUGCAAGUUUGACAGGGACGGCAUCAUGUGUUGCCAUUCUGAGAGUUAUGCAGCAUGA